UUAAUACUAUCAAAACUGCUCUAAGUUCUAACGGACUAAUUACACUUACCACCUACUCAAUUUCUCAGCAUCCCAUUUCUGCACAUUGUGUAGCUCAGAGAAGCUUCAGCAAUGGCUGUCAACAGAGGAGCUCUUCUCAUAAUGACUUGUUUCAGCUUAAGGCCUCUCAGUGUAAGCCCUUGUUCUCUUUCAUCCUCUCUUUUUCGUUCUCAUUUUCUUCCUUUCUCUACUAAACCUAACCCUAAUUCACAAUUUAAAGCCCCCUUUAUUCCUUCUCCAUCCACCACUCAUCCCAAACUUAAACAAUUACUCCAUCAUAAAUCUAAAGUUGGUUUCGACAAACUCGACGAUGCUCUUCUUGUGUUCGAUAAAAUGCUCCGUCUGAAAUCUAGGCUUUCUGUUGUGCAUUUCACACAACUGUUAACCGCCCUCGUUCGAAUGGAAGAGUACUCUAUUGCCGUCUCCAUGUUUAGAGAAUUCCGUGUUUUAAGCAUUCCUGUUAAUAUUGUUACCUUUACUACUGCCAUACAUUCAUGUUGUCAUUUGAACACACUUGAUUAUGCCUUUUCAUUGCUUGCUGUAAUCAUCAAGAGUGGUCAUGUCCCCAAUGUUGUGACCUACAACACUCUCAUCAAGGGCCUUCUAUCUCAAGACAGGCCUUUGGAGGCUGGGGAUUUGUUUAAGAAGCUUAUCAUAUUUCAAGAAAUUCAGCCCGAUGUAGUUAUGUAUAGCACCAUCAUUGAUGGUCUCUGCAAAACUUCAAAUACCUCCAUGGCUCUCAAGUUGUUAAGAAAGAUGGAGGAGAUAGGUUGUAACCCCGAUGCGGUAACUUAUAACUCGAUCAUUGAUUCUUUGUGCAAAGAGAGACGAGUCGAUCAUGCAUUGGUUCUUGUGUCUGAAAUGACUGACAAAGGCAUAUCACCUAAUGUUAUAACCUAUAGCACGCUACUUCAAGGUCUUUGCAGCUCCGGCCGAUGGGAGGACACUGAGAGUUUGUUAACUGAGAUGGGUGUUAGUAAGAUCUCUCCAGACUUGCACACCUAUAAUAUAUUAGUUGAUGCAUACUGCAAAGAAGGGAGGACAAAACUUGCUCAAGAUGUUAUUGAAAUUAUGAUCAAGAAAAGUGUACCUCCUGAUGUAAUCACCUACAACACACUAAUGAAUGGAUUUUGUUUAAGAGGCAACACUGACAAGGCAUUAGAGGUGCUGAAUACCAUGAGGAGUAAUGAGAUAUGGCCAGACUGUUAUAGCUAUAACAUUCUGAUUGAUGGUCUCUGCAAGAACAGAAAACUUGACGAGGCCAGAAAUAUUUUUGAUAAGCUUGCUUCGAGAGGUUUGCAACCCAAUGUCAUAACACACAACAUAAUGAUCAGAGGACUUUGUCAAGAAGGGUUAUUUGAGGAAGCAAAGGAAUUACUUUCUAAAAUGGAAACGGGCAUUUGUCUGCCUGAUGCUGUGAUUUAUAAUACGAUCAUCCGUGGAAGUCUUUUGAAUAAAAGAUAUGGAGAAGCAGUUGUACUGAUAGAGAACAUGCGAGCUCGUAAAUUCUCAGAAGAUGCAUCUACCACGUCCAUGGUACUAGACCUAUUAUCUAAAGAAGAACAAGACCCCUCCGUUCUUGCUUUCUGCAAAUGGUUUUUGCAAUAGGUACUGAAGUUUAUGGUUCAUUGUUAUGUAUUGUCGUCUUUUAACUUCCUCGAGCUCUCUGCUGUAGUAAUAUGUUUUACUGAGCAAAGAAUUAUUCUAAUUAGCAAAUAGCAAUGUAAAGGGUUCCAUCAGUUAAGAAUAUGUUUUUUGGAGGCAUAUCAUAUAAGGGACUCAGACUGUUCCCAUCAUUUCCAUGAACGAAAAUGUUUUUGUGGUGAUUACUUGUAUGAAGUUCUUAUAUGCGUUUCCUCUCCAAUUUAUAUCUUGGUCAAGAGAAUGGAGGGCUCCAUUUCUUAACUCAUUGGUGUACGAUUUAGACAUUGCAAAAUCAAACUCCGCUUGCACCCUUCCCACUUUAAUGUGAAGAUGUAAGAUCACAGUCUUCCUGCUUUGUUAUGGCCCCUGCCUCCCAUGACAGUUAAACAGGAGCACAAUGCACAAUGGCACUGAGAUACAUUGAAGGCUUAUACUCUUAUGUUGUGUUUGGUUGGGGUGAAUGAUUCCGGAAAGAAUGGAAUGAAAAAUUAACUAUAUUAUGGGCAAUUGUUAACAAGUUUCAUUCAUUUCUCCAUUCCAUUCCUUACAUUAUGUGCUAGAGAUCAUACAUUCAAUUUGAGAUGGAAUGCUCCAUUCUCUCCUACCCCCAAUUUCUUCUCAAAUCUCAUCAUAGCAAUUUUGCCCUCACUUACAUUUAUUCCAAAAUUUCCCUCCUAUCUCUAUUAAUUACAAGUAAUUUUACUCAUUCUAUUCCAUUCUAUCCAACCAAACACAACAUUAGAAAUAGAAGCAGAAGUUGUGAUGUCAAAGUCGAUAUAAAUAACUUUUCGAAUUGUGCUAAACUUUUCUUCGUUUGGUUUAUUUUUGCGCAAAAGUUCAAGAAUAUGCAGAAAACGCAGAUUGGGUCGCAGAGAAAAGGGAUUGAACAAUAUCAAUUGGGUUUACGAGGCACACCAUUCUUCCAAUGGAUGGUUUCCCUAAAAAACUUGGCAGGAGAAGUUGUACCUGAUCAAAGACAUUCGAUAUUUAAAGCGAGGGAUAAUCUUGUGUUUCUGAAACGCUGGUUCUUCAAUUUUCCUUUACAAUCAUAUCAUCCACUGUUUUCUGUGUAAGAGAUUAAAAUGAUUAACCGGCUAUAUUUUCAGUGCCACAGUGGGGGGUAUACUAGACAGAGCCAUUGAAGCAGAGGGCUGAAAGCAUGGAGAUUUUAUAAGGCUGGAUCAAGUUUCAAAUUGUUGUCCUGGCUUAUUAGGCACAAAUCACUUGAUUAUUUUGUUGAUAAGGAGCUGGAGGAAAUGAUCAGAAUAAAAUAUUAUGACGCACUCCAUUCCCCGUUCAAGAAUGAAACCAAUUAAGAUGUUGACAAACAUCUUUUCUCAAUUUAAGCCUAAUUUUUACUCCCUCCGUCCCACCAGGUUCUUUACGUUACUUUUCGGCACGCAUUUUAAGACUCUUAUAAAAUAUAGUUCUAUAAUGUGUUUUUUUAUAAAAAAAAUCCUGAAAAAAAGUUUGAGGUUUAAACUUUUAUUCAAAAAAAAAUAAUUUAAAAAAACGUUAUUGAACUAUACUUUAUAAGAGCCUCAAAAUGCGUGCAAACAGUGAACGUAAGCUUCCUGCUGGGACGGAGGGAGUAUCUGUUAACAAGAACAAGUGAAUUCAAUUUAUAUGUAGAUUAUGUAGGUAAGUGGUUAUGCCAUACUUCUAUUUUUGUAACUUGCUAUCCUCUAACUCGAGCUUCAUUUCAUUACCUUGCAGCAACAGAAAAAGCCCAGAAUAUAUAUUGGAUGCAUGAAGUCUGGUCCAGUCCUUGCCCAAAAGACAUUGGACAAAACUAUAUCAAAUUAUGGAGUAAGGCUCGCUGCAGCUAGAGCAGCGCAGGACUCUAUUUUAAGUGGUUCUCCGGAACCAGCAGUUUAUAUGUAUACAGUACUAUACCAAAUUGCCAAAUAUAGCAGCAGUUUAGGUGGACACCUGUUUAUAGCAUGUGCUGGAUGGCCAUCAAAGUAGUGUUUAGAGCCAGAAACAAGAUAUAGUCAUUGUUGGACAUGGAAUUGCAGGCCUGGCUACUGCUACACAGUGAAGCUGCUGGAUUGGGGAGAGGACGGGAAGGCCAUUAGUGCAGAAACUGCAGCUGUGAUGUAAUCGUAUUUAGAGAAGGAUCAAUUACAUUUAACAUACGCGACGGUCUUGGUGAUGAUAACACGAGGGCGACCACCUCCUUGUUGGGGGAUCCAUGCACCACGAAGAGGCUAAAGUCGCUGCGAAGGAUGAGGCGGAGCUCAGGAACGACCAAGCAAAACAGGAGGGAGGUGGAAAGGAUGACAAACGGAACUGGAAAGUAAACAGGCACGUAAUCAAGAGGCAAAUAAAGGGGGACACCUAGGCAGGAACAGGGGUAGAUUGGUAAAUCACAGAAGAUUAAAAUGUGACAUGUUGUGUAAUAAAUUUUAGAAAUUAUAUUUUGAACUCAUGUACAAAUUGCAGAGUUAUAUAAAGCACAGAUCGGUUCUAAGCGGGUCAGUAAGUGGAUUAAAUAUAUAUGUGAAUAUUCAGUUGUAAUAUUAGUAUAUUUAAAUAUAAAAUCAUGUCGUGAUAAGAAUUUAAAUUUAUAAUAUUUUUGAUAAGACUC